GGCCGACGGAGAAGAAGGAGAUAUGAAUAAUGAUGGCAUCCAAAAAAAGCGGCAUGGAAUGCUUAAAAUGUACUAUGGGAUGGAGGAAGGAACACCUGGAUCCCCCACUAUAGAUCCCUGUGAUAUCAAUGGAGCACAUUUCAACCCAGAAAUGUAUCUCUCCAAGCUAAUAAAAGAGAAAUCUCUGACAGAAUUAAUGGAUGAAGAGGCAAAGACGGUCACUCAGAUCAGAGCUCUUGACAGUGAUAUGCAAACUCUGGUAUAUGAAAACUACAACAAAUUCAUCAGCGCCACAGACACCAUUAGAAAAAUGAAAAAUGAUUUUAAGAAAAUGGAGGAUGAAAUGGACCAUUUGGCAACCAACAUGUCGACGAUAACAGAAUUCAGUGGCAAUAUUAGCACCACACUACAGGAUAGAAGACAAGAAAUUACUAAACUAUCAGGAGUUCACUCCCUUCUCAAGAGACUUCAAUUUCUGUUUGAGCUUCCUAAGAGAUUGAACAAGUGCAUUGAAAUGAAUGCAUACAGUCAAGCUGUCAGAUACUACAGUAAAGCCAAAAGAAUCCUACAGCGAUACCAGCACAUUACCAGUUUCCAGGGAAUUAACCAGGAUUGUCAUCAGAUCAUCCAACACCUCUGUCAGAUUCUCAGACAGCAGUUCAAGGAUAAAGAGUCAACACCCAAACAGCUGGCAGAGUGUGUGGAUCUCUUACUACAAUUAAAUGAACCUGCUGAAGAGUUAUGUGAAGAAUUUCUCUCACAUGCUCGACAGAAGAUAGAAGUCGAUUUGUCACUGCUGGACCGACAGAUUCGGCUACAGAUGGGGGAAGACAUGAAGGAGGAGAUGGAAUCCCCAGCAGAGGCCUACCUAGCCACCCCCAUGGAUGUUUUGGAAUUUGUGGACAAUGGAUGUAAUGGCUUUCUGAGUAACAUCUGCCUUGUAAUUGCCUCAUAUAAUGACAUGUUUCUAAACAGGCUGCAGGAAGAUGAAAAUUUAGAUGCCAUAGCACUGAAGAAGUUGGUGAAUUUUGUCAAUGAUUUAAUGGAGAGAUAUUUUUCAUAUGUUCAAAGACGUAUCCAACUUGAGAGGGAGACAGGGGACAACACAAUUCUUGUUAGAUCACUGGACAGAUUCCAUCGUCGGUUACAAGCCAUGAACAAGCUUCUACCUGACACUGAUUUCUCCAGGGCUGGAACAGACAUUGUCUCUAAAGCUGCCAGGGACCGUGUGGGGUAUUAUCUACAGGCCCUCAAACAACACUUUUCUGAUUGUAUGACAGAUGUCAGACAGAGUUUAGCUGCCCCAAAGACUGCUGGGAAAGAGGGUGGAGCUAACCUGAAUGAACUCCUUGGUAACAUGCAGACCUCCAUAUUAGAACAAAUCAAGUCAGUGCUGGGAAAUCUACAGGCAUUCACUGCUUCGGACAUCACAUUUGCCACUAAGCCAUACUUCAGGGGACCAUUCUGUACCCAUGAUGUCAGAGAGGGGCUUGUAGUGGCCUUCUUAACUCACAUCAACACAGUCUGUGAGGAGUUUUGUGAGGGAGGCGGAGACAAGAGUUCUAUUCCUCCUACCCUUCUACUGAUUCUGUCUCGCCUGUGUCUAGAUUUUGAGGGAUCCACCAUAUCUUACUUGAUAACUCUAACAGAGGAACAGUUUAUGGUGGAAGAAAGAACAAAAGUGACCCCCAUCAGUGACCUGACCACCCAUUCCAAGGACACAGCCCAGAAACUUCUUAAUCACUAUGUCAAAGUACAGGGUCUGUCUAUGUCACAGAUGCUGCGUAAGAGUGUUGAGACUAGGGACUGGCUGAACACCAUUGAGCCACGUAAUGUGAGAGCUGUGAUGAAACGGGUCAUUGAGGACAUAAGUGCUAUAGACACACAGGUGGGACAACUCUACGAGGAAGGAGCGCGGAAGGAGCGUAGUAGUGAUUCCAGUCGCCGUACUCAUCCGCAGAGUUACAGUGUGUCAGCCGCACAGAGGAAGGGUCAGUGGAACAUUGCUCCCAGCAUCACUGACAACAGUUUAAUGAGCAACAUUCAGAAAUUGUUUUCUGAGAAGAUUGAGAUAUUCAGUGCUGUGGAUUUCUCCAAAGUCUCUGUUUUAACUGGAAUCAUCAAAAUCAGUUUAAAGACAUUCUUGGAAUGUGUGAGGCUGAGAACAUUUGGUCGCUAUGGUCUACAACAGAUACAAGUGGACACACAUUAUCUACAGCUUUAUCUGUGGAGAUUUGUGUCAGAUGAAAAUUUGGUACAAGUUCUACUGGAGGAGAUAGUGUGUAGUACAGUACACAGAUGUCUCGACCCCUCCAUGAUGGAACCCAGCGUUAUUGAGCUUAUCUGUGAAAGAGGUUGAUGCCAGAAGAAGAUGGUUUUUGCACCAGGACAGUAAUACAUUGAAUGAAAAAAUCAAUUAUUUAUUUUCUACCAUUUUGGAAUAUUUAUUUGUAAAUAAAAUUAUUGUACAUAUUUUUUUGUACAUGAAUUACAUGGUGAUCUUUCGAGAAAUAAAUAUGUUUAUAA